ACGUCGCGAGUGGAGAUUCAGAGUUGAGCUCGUCCACACGCUGUGUUUUUGUUGAUCUGUAGAAGAAAAGACUACAAGCAACUGCGAGUUUAUGCGCCGUGUUUGCAACAGAACGGGGCCCACUGAAACCCGUCUCUGAAGUGAAAGAAGAGAUGGAUAUGCGCGCAUCCUCCGCGUCUCUCCUGGAAGAAGAACUCGCCUCUGCUAUCGAGCCUGCAGUGAAAGCGGCUGUGCUGAGCGUCAUGUCUGCAUUAGCAAAGUUCGUGGACAGUAAAUGUGCAGUUUUCCACCUCAGACUGGACGAGAGAGACCACGAAUUUGAAAGCGUGAGAUUGCGACUGGAAAUAGCGGAGAGCGAGUUGAAAGCCGUAAGCGAACGAAAAUACCCGAACACUGGCGAGAACGCUGCACAGUCUGUCACGAACACCAGUGAACAGCACAUCGAUAUCAUCCAUCAACCGAGAAGCCAGAAGGAAGGGCACCGUGUGAAACGCCUCUCAUUUUUCAGGGAGGAUGAAGCUGUAAGUCACGAAUUCAGCGACAGUAUUGUUGCUCACGGGCUGCCAGCCACUACACGCGAUUACUCCACUCUACCAGCUCAGCCAGUCCGGGAGCCGGAGCAUGCAGUCCACACCGCACUGAAAAACUCCCGGGUUUUAAUCCAGGAGGAUGGAAGCUAUUCCGAGCAGGACCUGCUGAUGCGAGGCGAUGAACAGAUGGGCCACACAAGCACAGCGGGGUGGAGAAGAGCAGUGGAAGGUCCUGCACAGAGAAAUGCUCUCCCUCGUGCUCAGGAAGGGACGAAGGCAGAAUCAGCUCCCAUUCAAGAGGAGCUCUUUGCCCAGGAAUGGUGCAGGAGUCCAAAGCAGGGUACAGAGCUGACAUCUAUUGAAGGGAAGGAGGAGGAGGAACCUGCACUAGAUCCUGAGCACAUUAAUGAAGAGAUCCCUGGAAUUGAACCGGUCAUCAUUAAAGAGGAGGUUCCUGAACUUGAAUCUGACCCCAUUGAAGAGGGGGGUUCAGACCACUUUGAAAGACAGCAGCAGAUUCACACAGGACAAAAACUGCAUUGCUGUGCAGAGUGUGGAAAAAAAUUCAGUACAUCAACAGAUCUGAAAAGACACCGUCGCAUUCACACAGGGGAAAGACCGUACAGCUGCACUGAUUGUGAAAAGAGUUUCAAAACCUCUGCAGAUCUGAAAAGACACCGUCGCAUUCACACAGGCGAGAAGCCGUAUUCCUGCACUCAGUGUGAGAAGAGUUUCAAACAGCUGCAGCAUCUUAAAACACACCAGGAAAUCCACACCAGGCAGAAGCCGUAUUGCUGCAGUGUGUGUGGGAAGUGUUUUAGUGAAUCGGAGACAUUGACAUUACACCAGCGAAAUCACAUGGGACCAAAUCUGUACCACUGCACUGAGUGUGAGAAGAGUUUCAAAAAGUUACCACUCCUUAAAGCCCACCAGCGAAUUCACACCGGAGAAAAACCUUACCGUUGUACUGACUGUGGAAAGACUUUCAUUACGUCAAAGGACCUUAAAAGACACCAGCGGAUUCACACCGGGGAGAAGCCGUAUAGCUGUGAUUACUGUGGGAAGAGUUUCACCCGCUCAGGAACACUGACGGUGCACCAGCGAAUUCACACAGGAGAGAAACCGUAUCACUGCACCGCAUGUGGAAAGAGUUUUACUUUCCAUUCCCAAAUGAGGAAACAUAGCUGUUUGCAGCAUGGGUUCCAGUUCAGACAGUCUUCACUUCAGCAGAGGAUAAAAGAACGCAUCGUGUUUAUGAGACGCGUCUCUGAAAUGAAAGAAGAGAUGGAUAUGCGCGCAUCCUCCGCGUCUCUCCUGGAAGAAGAACUCGCCUCUGCUAUCGAGCCUGCAGUGAAAGCGGCUGUGCUGAGCGUCAUGUCUGCAUUAGCAAAGUUCGUGGACAGUAAAUGUGCAGUUUUCCACCUCAGACUGGACGAGAGAGACCACGAAUUCGAAAGCGUGAGAUUGCGAUUGGAAAUAGCGGAGAGCGAGUUGAAAUCGAUGCGGGGCGGAGAAUACACGAGCACUGGCGAUAAGAACUUUACACAAUCUCUCACGAACACCAGUGAACAAUACUGCGGGGUUGGGUUUGAUAUCAUUCAUGUACCCGAGCUGGAGCAGGGAGAGCGCAGUUUGGAGCACACAAGGGCAGCGGAGUGGAGACACGCAGUGGAAGGUCCUGCACAGAGAAAUGCUCUCCCUCAUGCUGAGGAAGGGUCGAAGGCAGAAUCAGCUCCCAUUCAAGAGGAGCUCUUUGCCCAGGAAUGGUGCAGGAGUCCAAAGCAGGCUACAGAGCUGACAUCUAUUGAAGGGGAGGAGGAGGAGGAACCUGCACUAGAUCCUGAGCACAUUAAUGAAGAGAUCCCUGGAAUUGAACCGGUCAUCAUUAAAGAUGAGGUCCUUGAACUUGAAUCUGACCCCAUUGAAGAGGGGGGUUCAGACCACUUUGAAAGACGGCAGCAAAGUCACACAGGAGAGCAACUGCAUCUAUAUACUCUAUGUGGGAAAAGUCUCAGUACAUCAACAGAGCUGAAAAGACACCACAGAAUUCACACAGGGGAAAGACCGUACUGCUGCACUGAAUGUGGACAGAGUUUUAAUACUUCUACAGAUUUGAAGAGACACCGUCGCUUUCACACAGGAGAGAAGUUACACCAUCUUAAAACACACCAGCUAAUUCACCAUCGAAAGAAGCUGUUUCACUCUAGUGGGUGUCAGAAGAGUUUCACUCAGCUAGGAACCCUGACAUUGCAUCAGAGAAUUCACACAGGAGGGAAGCUGUAUCACUGCACUGACUGCGCAAAGGAUUUCAAUACAGCAGAAGAGCUCAGGAUACACCAGAGAUCUCACACAGGAGAGAAACCGUAUCGCUGCACUCAGUGUGAGAAGAGUUUUAAACAAGUAUCCCGUCUUAAAGCCCACCAGCGAAUUCACACAGGAGAGAAGCCGUAUAGCUGUAAUUUCUGUGGGAAGAGAUUCACUCUGUCUACAGACUUGAAAAGACACCAGCGAAUUCACACAGGAGAGAAACCUUAUAGCUGCACUGAGUGUGAGAAGAGUUUCAAUCAAGUAUCCCACCUUAAAGCCCACCAACGAAUUCACACAGGAGAAAAGCCAUAUAGCUGUGAUUACUGUGGGAAGAGAUUCACUCAGGCAGGAAAUCUGAUGUCACACCUUCGGGUUCACACAGGGGAGCAGUCAACUCACUGCACUCAAUAAGAGAGAUUUUAUUUUCCACUCCCAGUUGAAGAAGCACACAGUAUCCAGACACUUCACUAGGAGCAGCAGCACUGUACCUUCAUCACAAGAGGACUCAGUCUAGUGGAAGCUGAGAGUGUAUAAGACCCUGAGAUGCAAUUGGAGUUUUUGAUCCUUUUGUCAAAAUGAACUUGUCUUCUGACCCUUGAUUUUCUCAGUUAUUAAAAUGUAAAUCCUUGAAAUGACGUCAGAUUUUUUGCAUGGGUGUAUAUUAUAGUUUCAUGAAUACAAGCUUCAUUUAAUUCAUACUUGCAGAGCCUGUCUGUCAGAUUCCUGUCGUUUAACACUGCAGAGACCAGAAAGCUCAAUCACACCAAU